GGGUGGAGAGGACCUGCGCCCCCUAGUGCGCGCGGAGACGGGGCGGGGCUGCCGCUGCAGGCUGUGCGCCGCGCGCCAGGUUCCGCGCGGAUUGGAAACCUGAGCCCAAGCGCACAGCUGGGAUGCUGCGGGCUGGAGCGCCUACCGCCGACUUGUCCCGGACUGGAGAAGUCCACACCGGGACAACCAUUAUGGCCGUGGAGUUUGAUGGGGGUGUCGUGGUGGGCUCAGACUCCCGGGUGUCUGCAGGACAAGCUGUGGUGAACCGGGUGUUCGACAAACUGUCCCCCCUGCACCAGCGGAUCUAUUGUGCCCUCUCUGGCUCGGCUGCUGAUGCCCAAGCCGUGGCUGACAUGGCGGCCUACCAGCUGGAGCUACAUGGGCUGGAACUGGAGGAGCCUCCCCUUGUCCUGGCUGCUGCAAACGUGGUGAAGAAUAUCACCUACAAAUAUCGAGAAGACUUGUCAGCACAUCUCAUGAUAGCCGGUUGGGACCAACGUGAAGGGGGCCAAGUGUAUGGAACCCUGGGAGGAAUGCUGAUCCGACAGCCCUUCGCCAUCGGUGGCUCUGGCAGCACCUAUAUCUACGGUUAUGUGGAUGCUGCUUACAAGCCGGGCAUGUCUCCUGAGGAGUGCCGGCGUUUCACCACGGAUGCUAUCGCUCUGGCCAUGGGCCGGGACGGCUCCAGUGGGGGUGUCAUCUACCUGGUUACCAUUACAGCUGCUGGUGUGGACCACCGAGUAAUCCUGGGGGACGAGUUGCCAAAAUUCUACGAUGAAUGACUGCCUCAGACUUCCCUCCUUGUUUGUAAUAAACUUUAUGGAACCAGAA